AUGUGGAUUGGAUACAUUGGAGAUAAUUCAACAAGUUUCUAUGUAGAAUACAACAAAAGACAGGCAGAUUACAGUAGGAAUGACUCUUCUGUAGAUUUUCUUCAAUGCCACAGUGAUCUGCCAUCCAUUUUUAAGUGUGGUUAUAAUUCAUCGAGUGUAAAUCUGUACGAUUAUCAGAUGAACUUGUUUUUAAAACAUGAAAACAGAGAACUCCAUUUGAAGAAUAUUUCAUGUCACUAUAAUGUGAAGGAAAUAGCAUUUGAUUGUCUAAACUUCUUUCCAGUAGUCUUUCGUGUAAUUUUGCUCGUUGUUUUCUCUUUGAAAGGUUGA